AUUCAACCUCUCAGCUCAGCUCUAUCUAAAAAAGUUCACAUAUCUUCUUCUUCCUUUCACCUAGCGAUUGAAUCUCUCUCUCUCUCUCUCUGCUUCUUGUUCGACAGCGAGAGACGCGGGGAUUCAAUUCAACGCUCCUCUGGAUCUUUUUGUUGUCAGUUAAAAUAAUUUUCCUUUUUUUUUCCUUUCUCCUAAUCUAUUUAUAUUAGAGUUGUUUUAUUUCUCUGCUUUUUCCAUUUUUAGUGUCCUUUGUUCUCACGAGCUAGCGAGAGAGAGAGAGAGAGAAUCAUAAAUAAAUAAUAAAUAAAAAAAAGAAAUCAUCUGUUCUUGCCUUGUUCUUCUUCUUUUUGUUUCUGGAAAUUAUAUAUAUAUUUUUCUUAACAAAAAAAAGCUGUAAUCUUUUUUUGACUGUGUGUGUGGGCGUCGUAGAGGAGAAGAUUAGGUGUUCAAAGAGAGGUGAUAACGUUUGCAGAACGUGACUACAAUUAUAAUAUUCAGAGCAGCAGCCUAGAAACUUUGUAUUGACGGUGUCCAUGUUUCCGUGUUCGUCCUUGGUCUGAAAUUGACGAAACUUGGGAAUUCAGACGAUAGAAAAUAAAAUAAAAAAGGCUUUGAAUUUGGAGGAUGUUUGGGAUCCAGAGCAGGCGUGAUUUGACAAUGGAACUCCAAUCUCAGAUUCCGAUUCUCCGUCCCAGCAUCCACGCCAGACGAGCCAACAUCGUCGUCAAGUUCCAGGAUUUGUACGGCUUCACCGUCGAAGGAAAUGUCGACGACGUUAAUGUCUUGAACGAGGUCAGAGAGAAAGUGAGGAAUCAAGGACGGGUUUGGUGGGCUCUUGAAGCUAGCAAAGGUGCUAAUUGGUACCUUCAGCCGGAGAUUCUCUUGAUCGGCGACGGCAUCGCUUUGAAAACGUCUCUCAAGAUCUCCACUUUGACCAAUGCGAUUACUUUGAAGAGGUUGAUUAGGAAAGGGAUCCCUCCUGUCCUUAGGCCUAAGGUUUGGUUUUCUCUUUCCGGUGCUGCUAAGAAGAAGUCCACCGUCCCCGAUAGUUAUUACAGUGAUUUGACUAAGGCCGUCGAUGGCAAGGUCACCCCUGCCACCAGACAGAUUGAUCAUGAUCUGCCACGGACUUUCCCAGGCCAUCCAUGGUUGGAUACUCCAGAGGGUCAUGCUGCUCUACGACGCGUGCUGGUUGGGUAUUCUUUUCGAGAUUCUGAUGUUGGCUAUUGUCAGGGCCUAAACUAUGUUGCAGCAUUACUAUUACUUGUCAUGAAGACUGAAGAAGACGCAUUCUGGAUGCUAGCAGUCCUUUUAGAAAACGUAUUAGUCCGUGACUGCUACACAACAAACUUGUCAGGAUGCCAUGUUGAGCAGCGGGUUUUCAAAGAUUUGCUUGCCCAAAAAUGUCCUCGAAUAGCUACACAUCUUGAAGAUAUGGGCUUUGAUGUUUCCCUCGUAGCCACGGAAUGGUUUCUAUGCCUCUUCUCUAAAAGCCUUCCUUCAGAGACAACUCUAAGGGUGUGGGAUGUACUUUUCUAUGAAGGAGCAAAGGUUCUAUUCCAUGCAGCUCUAGCAAUAUUCAAGAUGAAAGAGAACGAGCUGCUUAUGACCCACCAGGUCGGGGAUGUGAUCAACAUAUUACAGACAACUUCACAUCAGCUUUUUGACCCAGAUGAAUUAUUAACGGUGGCAUUUGAGAAAAUCGGAUCAAUGACUACCAACACCAUAUCAAAGCAGAGGAAGAAGCAGGAACCAGCAGUGCAGGCAGAACUUGACCAGAGACUUCGGAGGCUCAACUCUCUUAAAGAAAGUGGUAAGAGCACAUAACCAAAACAACUGUUGGGAGAAAAUGAGCCAAAAGGUGUAAAAGAAGGACGAGGGAGCCAAGUCCAACAAUGGUUUAUUUACCCAUCUUGAUUGUUUUUUUCUUUUCUUUUCUAAGUAUAUAUAAAUAGGAUUUUGUUAAUUUUAUUUUGAGAGCAAAACAUAACCAAGAUCCAUUUCUGAGAUGGUAAAUGUCAAGUUUCUUCACAUUCCAAGAGGUCUUACCUGCCCUCUUGCUUUUCUUUACCUGUCUUUGACAUAAUCAAUUGUGAUCUCUAUGUUUUAAUUUGAUCCAUGUUUGGUCUGCA